UCAGGCCACUAGCCUCAAAGCCACCCAGAAAGGGGAACAUUAAGCCUGUGGCCUUCCGCAGUGUUUUGUGUCCCUGGGUACUUGAGAAUAGGGAGUGGUGAUGACUUUUAACAAGCAUGCUGCCUUCAAGCAUUUGGUUAACAAAGCACAUCCUGCAUAGCCCUAAAUCCAUUAAACCUUGAGUCAACACAGCACAUGUUUCUGUGAGCACAGGGUUGGGGCUAGGGUUACAGAUUAACAGCAUCUCAAGGCAGAAGAAUUUUUCUUAGUACAGAACAAAAUGGAGUGUCUUAUGUCUACUUCAUUCUACAUAGACACAGUAACAGUCUGAUCUCUCUUUCUUUUCCCCACGCUAUAUAGGUAUAUGUACACUUUUCUAUAUCUGAAUUAGCCAUAUGCAAGGAAAAACUAAAACAGUUUUCAGAGAUUCCGGGAAAAUUCAUGGACAAAUUUAAAAGGCUAACCUUGAUGUAUGAUCUGACCAGGCAGGAUUUGCAAAUAUUUAUGUUUACCUGCUGCAUGGUAGAAAACCAGUGCAUUAUGGGAGCGGCUAGAGCACAUGCUAAUAGGGUGGCAGCCUGCAACCAGGGGCAUGACACCUAUCAAGUAGGAGGCACAGCAGUGCCUGACCAGGACCCAAAAGAACUAGAAUCUAGAAAAGACAAAUAAAUUAGGAAGAAAGUGGGAUAUAGAGAGAAAAAAUUAUGAUCAUUUGACUCUGUGAAGGAAUAAAAAAAAAGUGUGAUACAGCUUUUUAAUUUUUAUAAAGUCUGGAAAAUUAUCCAGGGAAAAGAUGAAAACCUAGCCUUAUUACAAGGGUGGAUAAUUUAGACUUUGAGGAAAUACACUAACACUUACCCUGACUCCAAAAAGGGACAGGCAUUGCUAGGAGUUUAUUUUAUAGCGCGGUCUCCUUCUGAUAUCUGCAGGAAGCUGCCAAAAGCAGCCUUAGGCUUCCAGACUCCCAUAGAUGAGAUUUUAGACUUGGAUUUUGCAGUUUUCCAUCACAGGAAUAGGGCAGAGAAAACAUAAAAUAAAGCAAAUCUCCUAAGAGGCCCAGCUUCUAGCUGCAGCCUUGUGCUCUCCACCACUUCAGAGGCAGCCCCUUAACCCCUGGCCCUCGCAGAGGAAGUGAGAAGGUGAAAGUCCCAGUCUGUGCCUCUGGACCAGUGUGCCUUGGAUAUAAAUCAAUGUGCCUUCUGUAAGGUCGGCCACUGCCGAAGGAAAUGCAUUGUGCUUCCAAGGGAGCCAUGAUCAGAGCCCAGCAGACUCGAAAGUGGGAGGGCCUGAUACUUCCUGCCUCCGCUCCCAUUGGACUAUUAGCUAUUGAGAGAUGGAGGAGCCUCAGGUGACUCUUGAAGUGGCAGGUAGGAGUAUUAACUUUGUAUUAGGUGUGGGAGCAGAUGACUCUGUCCUGAUUCAAUACAAUGGGCUCCUGUCUUCUCAUGAUGCACAAGCCCAAAAACACUGCUUUUCGGAUCUUCUAAGUUGUCCUCCGGGGCCUGUGGGUUUCUCGCUUGCCUUUUUAGUACUGUCUGAAUGCCUGACCUCUUACUGGGGAGAGGUUUAUUGACUCAGGAGACCAAGUCAUGGUCACCUUCACAGAUCAUAAACCAUAGAAAGUGUCACUUUUGUUCCUGACCCCUCAGGGGUAGAAAGAAGUUAAGAAUGAGCUGUCACAUUUAUCACCUGAGGUGUUGUCUUAAGUAAGUCUUGAGGUAUGGGCCACACAGGCUCUGGGAAAUGCACUAAACACCUCCCCAUUCAAAUCCAACUUCAGCCUAGUGCUCCUUGCCCUCAGAAGAGACAAUACUUUUUAAGGCAAGAAGCAUGAGGGGAAAUUCAACCCGAUUGCCAAAUUCUUGCCAUAUGAGUUAUGAAGGCCAUGAGAGUCUCCUUACACUACUCGCAUGUUACCAGGUAAAAAGCCUAAUGGCAAGUACAGAUCUCUCAGAACCCUUAGAGCAUUAAGAAACGCAGUUGUCUCCAUACACCUCAUUAUCCCCAAAACUUACCAAGUCCCAGGGGAUGCAAGCUGGUUUACAUUCUUAAAUCUGAAAGACUCAUUUUUCUGUAUCUCAAUGCAUCUAGAUUCAUAAUGUUUGCCUUUGAAUGGACUGAUCCAGAUACGCAUUCAGCCUUAAAACUAACCUGGACAGUCAUUUCUGAAGGGUUCUGGGAUAGCCCCCACUUAUUUGAAAAUGCUCUAGCUAAGGACUUAAGAAAUCUACAGUUGGGAAGGGACACAAUUAUUCAGUAUGUAGAUGACUAGCUCAUUGCUAGCCCAACUAAAGGAGACUCAUAAUAAUACUGUUAAGUUGGUAAAUUUCCUGGGAAGUUGCAGAAACAGGGCAUCACCAUACAGGGCUCAGGUUUUGACUCAAAGACUUAAAUACUUGGAAUCUGUCUCAACCUCUGGAACUGAUCAACAUCCCUAGAAGAUAAAAAAGUUAUUUUACUCAUCCAAGCGUCUCAGUUCCAAAAAUGACUGUGGGCUUUUUUAGGAGAUGGCUGGGUACUGCUGCUUAUGGCUGCCCAGAUUUGGACAUGUAGCCAAGCCUUAUAUGAUACACUACAGGGAAAGAUUUAGAGCUCCUAGAAUGUAAUGAGAACGGCAAGCAAACCUUCAAUACUCUCAAGGAGAAAUUGGGCUCUGCUGCAGCCGUGGGAGUCCCCAAGUUGGAUGAACCAUUUUUUCUUUUUGUGAGCAAAAAGCAAGGCAUAGGCCUUGGAUAAUCUUGUCCCCAAACUGGGGGACAUUCCAAGGCCAGUAGCCUAAUUUUCUAAGCAGAUAGGCCAGGUGGCCUCAGGUGGCCUUGAUGUCUGAGAGCUAUUGCUGCUACCACUUUUCUAGUAGGCAAAGCUAAUAAACUAACAUUAGAACAGCACCUACAGGUUUUUGACCCCACACCAAGGGAAGGUGGUCCUAGAAGCUAAAGGGCAGCAGUGGAUAAUAGGAGAACAUUUAUGAAAGUGUCAGGCCUUAUUGCUAGACACUCCAGACAUAACCCUUAAAGCCUGCCAAACCAUAAACCCAGCUACUUAUCUGCCAGAGUCCACAGGUGCUCCCAGCCUUUCUGGCAUACAGGUUGUAUUAGUCUGUUCUCAUGCUGCUAAUAAAGACAUAUCUGAGGCUGGGUAAUUUAAAAAGAAAAGAGGUUUAAUUGACUCACAGUUCCACAUGGUAGGGGAGGCCUCACACUCAUGGCAGAAGGCAAAUGAGGAGCAAAGUCACAUCUCUUACAUGGCAGCAGGCAAAAGAGCUUGUGUAGGGAACUCCCCUUUAUAAAACCAUCAGCUGUAACCCCAGCACUUUGGGAGACCAAGGCAGUGGAUGACCUGAGGUGAGGAGAUCGAGGCCAGCCUGGCCAACAUGGUGAAACCCCGUCUAUACUAAAAGUACAAAAAUCAGACAGGCAUGGUGGUGGGCGCCUGUAAUCUCAGCUACUUGGGAGGGCUGAGACAAGAGAAUCGCUUGAACCCAGGAGUCAGAGGUUGCAGUGAGCCAAGAUCAUGAUAAUGCACUCCAGCCUGAGAACAGAGCAAGACUCUGUCUCAAAAACAAAUAAAUAAAUAAACCAUCAGAUCUCAUGAGGCUUAUUCACUGUCACAAGAACAGCAUGGGAAAGACCCAUCCCCCGAUUCGAUUACCGCCCACUGGGUCCCUCCGAUGAUAUAUAGGAAUUAUGGGAGCUACAAUUCAAGAUAAGAUUUGACUGGGGGCCGGGCGCGGUGGCUCACGCCUGUAAUCCCAGCACUUUGGGAGGCCGAGGCGGGCAGAUCACGAGGUCAGGAGAUCGAGACCAUCCUGGCUAACACAAUGAAACCCCGUCUCUACUAAAAAUACAAAAAAUUUGCCGGGCGAGAUGGUGGGCGCCUGUAGUCCCAGCUAUUCGGGAGGCUGAGGCAGGAGAAUGGCGUGAACCCUGGGGGGCGGAGCCUGCAGUGAGCCGAGAUCGUGCCACUGCACUCCAGCCUGGGAGACAGCUAGACUCUGUCUCAAAAAAAAAAAAAAAAAAAAAAAGAUUUGACUGGGGACACAGCCAAAGCUAUGUCACAGGUUAUGAAACAAAUUUAUUCUAGCAGGCCAGACUUAGAGAUGAGCCCCUUGACCAUCCCAAGGAAGAGUGGUUAACAGAUGCAAGUUGUUUCAUGCAUCAGGAAAAUAGGAGGGCUAGAUAUGCUAUUAUUAGUCAGCACAAGAGAAUCAAGGCACAAGCCUUGCUGGCCUCGACCUCAGCUCAAAAAGCUGAGUUAAUUGAUCUUAGCCCCUGAAGUUGGGAAAGGAUUUAAAAGUUAACAUUUACACUGAUUCCAAGUAUGAUUUUUUAGUGCUUCAUGCUAAUGCUGCAAUUUGGAAUGGGUAGGGACUCCUGACCCCCAAGGGCUUUUCCAUACAACAUCAUUCAGAUUUUGAGCUUGUUAGAAUGCUGCUUUGCUGCCAAAAAGUGACUAUAAUUAAUUGCAGAGGACAUCAAAAGAGAGACUGACCAUGUAAAAGGAAAUGCCCUUGUAGAUGCCGCAGCCAAGGCACCUGCACUGAAAGGGCCAAUGAAGCUUAUGGGCGUGCUGGUCAGCAUACAUAGAACUGGGCCAGAACACUCUAAAGAACAAAAAUGGGCCAGGGAUUGCAUUUCGGUCCAGGGCGCCUCUGGCUGGCUGAAUGAUGGUAAUAAAUUACUAAUGCCAAGUACCAAUCAUAGGAAUAUAAUUCAGCACUUUCCUGAUUCUUUUCACCCUAGAAGGGAUUCUUUGUUUCUGUUAAUGUCUCAUUUGUUCAUAGGGGUAAAUCUUUUCAAGACACUAAAACAGGUGACUCAGCACUGUGAGCUCUGUGCCUGACAUGACCCAAAUGGCCAGAAAUUUUCUCCUCCAGUUAAACCUGUCCAAAAUUGAGGAACCUAUCCAGGUGAGAACUGGCAACUCUAAUUUACCCCGAUGCCUUUCUGCAGGAGAUUCAAAUAUUUGCUAAUGCUUACUGAUACCUUCACUGGUUAGAUCGAGGCAUUCCCCACCCCAUCUGAAAAAUGUUUACCAGAAGAAAUAACUCCUCAGUUUGGGUAAUCUAAAAGCCUGCAAAGUGACAAUGGCCCAUCUUUCACAGCAGGCCUAUCCCAACACCUAUCCUCAGCUUUAAGAAUCCAAUAUCAGCUUCACUGUGUGGAGACUGCAGUCCUCGCGAAAGGUGAAAGGGCUAUUCCUACUCUAAAGAAGACUCUAGCUAAAUCAGAGGCCUGUCUCUAACAUUCAUAGCUUACUGUGGGUUUGAACUGCCCCAAAGUAAAACUUAUAAUUAAGUCCUGUUGAGUUAACAUAUGGAAGGCCUUUCCCAACCACAGAUCUCCUAAUAGACGAAAAGACUCAUCAAUUUAAAAAAAGUCAUCAAUUUAGGACAGGUGCAAAGGCACUCUGUGAAUAUGGAAACAAGAGUCUUCCCCUCCCACAUGGGAGGAAAAUUCAGUUUCAGCUCAGCUAGGGAUCUAGUCUCACUAAAGACGCGGGAGGAAGUUCUGCAGCUGAGCACCUUUCUCCAACGUGGAAAGGACCACAGCAAGGACACCUGAGCUCUCCAACAGACGUUCAACGCCAAGGGAUUCACAGGUGGGUGCACCUGUGUGGAAGCAAAGCUGUUGCUUAUUCUGGGAGCCGAAUCCGAGGCUGAGGGAGGUGGGUGCGGGGCUAUUUCAGCGUUGGCGGAGGGCGGGCUGGGUUGCUGGGCGUCUGCUCCUCCUUCUCGCGUUUCUCCUGCCGCCCUAAUCCUGCCUUGGCCAUGAGGGAGAUUGUGCUCACGCAGACCGGACAGUGCGGGAACCAGAUCGGCACCAAGUUCUGGGAGGUGAUCUCUGAUGAACAUGCCAUCGACUCCGCUGGCACCUACCACGGGGACAGCCACCUGCAGCUGGAGCGCAUCAACGUGUACUACAACGAGGCCAGCAGUGGCAGGUACAUGCCCCAUGCUGUGGUCAUGGAUCUGGAGCCUGGCACCAUGGACUCUGUGCGCUCUAGGCCCUUUGGGCAGGUCUUCAGGCCAGACAACUUCAUCUUCGGUCAGAGUGGGGCCGGAAACAACUGGCCCAACGGAUGCUACACAGAAGGCGCGGAGGUGAUGGAGUCAGUGAUGGACGUUGUCAGAAAGGAGGCUGAGAGAUGUGACUGCCUGCAGGGUUUCCAGCUGACCCACUCCCUGGGUGGCGGGACUGGGUCUGGGAUGGGUACCCUUCUGCUCAGUAAGAUCCGGGAGGAGUACCCAGACAGGAUCAUAAACACAUUCAGCAUCCUGCCCUCGCCCAAGCUGUCAGACACCGUGGUGGAGCCCUACAACGCCACCCUCUCAGUCCACCAGCUCAUAGAAAAUGCGGACGAGACCUUCUGCAUAGAUAACGAAGCGCUAUAUGACAUAUGUUCCAGGACCCUAAAACUGCCCACACCCACCUACGGUGACCUGAACCACCUGGUGUCUGCUACCAUGAGUGGGGUCACCACGUGCCUGCGCUUCCCCGGCCAGCUGAAUGCUGACCUGCAGAAGCUGGCCGUGAACAUGGUCCCGUUUCCCUGGCUGCAUUUCUUCAUGCCUGGCUUUGCCCCACUGACCAGCCGGGGCAGCCAGCAGUACCGGGCCUUGACUGUGGCUGAGCUUACCCAGCAGAUGUUUGAUGCUAAGAAUAUGAUUGCCGCUUGCGACCCCCGCCAUGGCCGCUACCUAACGGCGGCUGCCAUUUUCAGGGGUCGCAUGCCCAUGAGGGAGGUGGAUGAACAAAUGUUCAAUAUUCAGGAUAAGAACAGCAGCUACUUUGCUGACUGGCUCCCCAACAAUGUAAAAACAGCCGUCUGUGACAUCCCACCCCGGGGGCUAAAAAUGUCGGCCACCUUCAUUGGGAAUAAUACGGCCAUCCAGGAACUCUUCAAGCGUGUCUCAGAGCAGUUUACAGCAAUGUUCAGGCGAAAGGCCUUUCUCCACUGGUACACGGGCGAGGGCAUGGAUGAGAUGGAAUUCACCGAGGCCGAGAGCAACAUGAACGACCUGGUGUCUGAAUAUCAGCAAUAUCAGGAUGCCACGGCCGAGGAGGAGGAGGAUGAGGAGGAAGAGGAGGAGGAGGGAGUCUCAGGGCAGCCCCAGCAUCCAGGCAGGGCCUCUGCAAGUGAGAUGCAGAUCCAGCCUGUUGGCCACUUAGCAGCUGCUUGGCCCGCUGCAGAUCACCUGACCUCUGUUCACCAGUAAAUGGGGGUUGCAGUAGCACUUACCUUCUGGGACUCCCGCAGCUUGAAGGGGCAGCAAACACCACGUGCUGAGAAAGCGCUGAACUCAGGCAAGCUUCUCCAAGAGCACCACAGCAGAUUAACAUCCAACCUGUACAGGACACCAUCAAA